CUGUUUUGUUUCAUAGCAGGACACGGAGCAGGUGUUCUCUGGGACGGACGCCUCCUGAUGUCCUAGAAGAUGUGCCCCUGACAGUUUGUGCUGCACGCAUUGUGUUAUAAUAUUUAUGUUCUGUUCUGUGUUAGCCCGGGAACACGAGCCACGGGGCAGGACACACACACGCCCCCUGAGGCCGUCUGUGCAUGUGCGGGGCGUUGUCGUGGCUCAGUGUUCCGUUCAUCCUUCUGUUCCGUGUAGUCUUGGGGAGCAUGGUGACAGUAUCUUGUUGUUCGUACUGCAGUAGACGUAAUGACUUCGUUUUCUGGAAUGUGUAUGUUAGCAUUAACUCAGUAACGUCACUAACAUGUUUAUUUGUAAGUCGUUUCAAACUCCACUCACUAAACCUCUCUCUGGGAAAGGAGACUUAAAAUGUAUGAUCACAUAUAAAACCUAUUUACUUCUUAAACAUACUUGGGGUUUUGAUCCUAUAUCUGCAUGUUUUUGACGUCCAUACAAAGCCGUGAGAUACAUUCCUUUAGGGGAGGUUGACUUAAAUGAUCACCAACACUCGAGCAACGUUCCCCUAUAACACAUCGGUUGUCCCAAGGUAGUGCAAGCAGACGGAGCAUUGCCUUCACGGGCCUUGUAGCCACGUGGACCUCCCUGCUCGGUGCCGCCUCUCAGUACCUUCCCCUAUUCCCCUGAAGGUGUUCGCCAGAGAUGCGGACGUGGGCAUGAACGGUGACCUGGACUACAGCAUCAGGACCGGAAAGGGCAAGAAGGGCCGCUUCAAGAUCCACCCGAAGACUGGCCAAGUGUUCAGCAACAAGGCCUUUCCCCCGAGCAAGACCUUCGAUUUGAUGAUCCAGGUGAAGGACAACGGGGCGCCGCAGCUGACGGCCACCACGCGGGUCCUCGUGCGUGUGAUGGACGUGCCCGAGGAGUCUCCCAACCCGCCGGUCCUGCAGCCGCCGCCCCCCGCCCACGUGAUGGAGACGGACGCGCCGGGCCACCUGGUGUCCUUCAUCAACGGUCGGGACCCGGAUAACGACACCUUGUGGUACUACAUCACAGGUGAGGGACAUAUAGGGUUGCAUUCUUAA